UUACAUGUUCAACAUGUUAAACUUCACAAGAUGUGAGAUUUAUAAUUUAACAAUCCUAUGAAUUAUGAAAGUCCAAAUUAGAUCGAUUAGUCCAUAAGUCGGUGAUCAAGUUGGCCCUCAAACCACAAUGUCGAGACAUCUCAUGAGCCUUAAAUGAGCCAAAUCAUGAGUUAAGCUCAACAAGCCACCGAAUCGAGCUAGCUCGCGAGCUUCACGAGCUAAACAAAGCUAAGCUCAAGCUUGGCUCGUUAGUAAACGAAUCGAGUUUCGAACGAGUUUUUCCCGAUUCGAGCCUCAAGUUGCUCGCGAGUAGCUUGGCUCAUUUGCAGCCCUAACUGCCAUCACUAACUACGGGUGGGCAUUGGGUGCGAUUCGGAUCUCACCGCACUAUAAUGAUAUAAACCGCACCGCUUGUCAAUAAAAUCGUACCAUAAGUUGGAUCGCAAUAUAGUCAAUGCGGUGAAAUCGAGCCACAUUAAUGAACAAUUUGGUAUGAUUUAGAGGGAAUCACAUGUUUCACCGCAAUGUAAUAUGAUCUAUGCUUUUCUAUUUCUCCUAAAACCCUCUAUGAUUAUUUUCAUUGCUCGUCUAUGCGCUCUCUCUCCCUACAAUUCUCCUUCCUAUACUUCCUUUCUUCUUUUUUCUGAUGAUAUGUAGGAGAUUUUGCAUAGAAGAAGUGAGUUUAUCAUGAUAUUUUACCACAUUGAUAUACGAAUGAUAGCUGGUGGUAAAAUGUGAUAAAUGAUGGCUAGUGAUUGAGUGAGGAGGAUACUAAUACAAUAUGCUCUCUUAAGCAAACAAAAUUCAAGCACAAAACGAGCAGAUUACUAGACUUCGUAAGUCCCAAAGGAAAUGGGACAUGUUCCGGUGGAUUUCUAUACACAAUUUAUAGGAAGUCUGAAUUGUGAGACGAGAGAGUAUCUUGUCCUUUUGUACAUAACCUUUUUGGGCUCUUGUGUAGAUUGGUGGAGCGUGGAGAAGGCUUUGCUGUUUCUUUUUUAUUUAAUGCUUGUCAGCCUGUGUUUCUUCCACUUCUAGGGAGGUUACACAUAUAGUAACGGUCGGACUUGGGAAUUGUUUCAGCUACAUAGUAACAUUUUGGGGUGUGGGGGAUUAUAUAUCUUGAGAUGCAACAAUGGUGGCGACACACAAAAAUUGUGGUAGUGAAUUUGUGCUUGAAGAGUUCUAGCUCUUCCGUGGAUUAGUCCUUGUUUUCUAGGGAUACCAUGUAAAUCGUAUGUUUGUCUUUCUCUUCUUAUUUGUGAUUGUCUUUCAUGGUAUCAGAGCCUGUGACAAUGGAAUCAGAAAAACCAGUCGUCCGUCUCAGCUCCACAAACUACGCUUUGUGGGAGUUCCAGUUCCGGGUAUUUGUGGAAAUUCGUGGUCUUCUUGGCGUGCUUGAUAACACUACUCCCAAGGUACCAGAAACUGACAAAGCUCAAGCCAUCUCCACGUGGAGUCAGAAUGAUGCUCGAAUUGAUCUUGGCUUCUAGGAUCGGUGGAGGCAUCAACAUGUUUAAGCCUUUGUUUGUUUCCGACGGCUAAUCAGAAGUGGAGGCAUCUAGCCUCUACAUAUUCGACGGUCAAUACAACUUGCCAAUUCAAGAUUCAGCUCUCGUUGGCUCGGGUGGAGCUAGGCGAUAGCUCCAUCACUGAAUAUUUUAAUAUGUCUCAAGAACUAUGGACUAAACAAGAUCUCGUAACAGCGGCGCUGGGACCACAAUAUGUUCCAACUUAAGCCUUUCUUGAAAGACAACAAACUCGUCUAUUGCAAUUCCUCAUGCGCUUACGACCAGAGUCCGAAGAUCCACGUUGCUGAAUAAAGACAAUCUCAGUUUUUAUGAAACCCGACUUUGUACUCAAUCGAAGCUUGAUAUCCGGCCAAGUGAAGGGGAAGCCGUGGUCAGCGCCUCUACUUUGGAAUCAGCGGCGUUUUUAGUGAAUAGACCUCAGUUCUAGCAGUAUGUUCCUAUCUCUGAAAUCAUUUGUCAGCAUUGCCACAAGAAAGGCUAUCUGCAGAAGCAUUGUAGACGUCGUAAUUUGUGCGUAUAUUGUAAACGAUAAGGUCAUGUUAUAUUGGACUGUCGGAUAAGCAAAGAUUGAGGCUAGGACUGGUGCACAAUCAGGUGGGUCUAAGAAUGCUGGGAUUUCGUUUGGAGCUGGAGGAAAUUGGUCAGCUGGAAUUUUGGUCGGUGUUGUCCUGGUGAUCGUCCUGCCUAUGUUACAACCCACUCUGGAGCAAAUGGGACUGGCAGCAGCUCGACUUUGUCAACCAUUGUUGUAGAACAAAUGGUCAACGCCGCUCUCCAAAAGUCGCUUCCAAUAGCGAUUAGUGCAGCUUUUGCUACUCUCCAGGGAUCAGGUACAAAUUUUCCGUGGUUAUUAGACUCUACGUGUUUUAAUCACAUGACAUCUAACGAGAGUAGUCUUAAAUUUAGUAUCCGUUAAAAACAUGGCACUUCAACUAGGCAAUGGUGCUAAGUUGAAAGUUGAUGGGAUUGGUUCUGCAGCUAAUUCAAAGUUAUCGUUGUCUCAAAAUUUUCACGUUCCUGCGCUUGUGCCUAACCUGGUUUAUGUUGGUUAGCUUACUGAGAAAGGUUGUUCUGUGUUAUUUGCACCAUCUGAAUGUUUCAUACAAGAUUGAUACGGGGAGGCAGAUAUGAAGGGGAAGUAAAAGAGGAAGAGUUUUUCAUCUCAAGGAGCUUAAUGAAAAUCCAAUAUCAUCCAUCGUCAGUAGUCAUCUCAGUAAGAUUGUCAAUAGUCUGCGUCAGUCAUUGUUGUCUGAUACUUCUAUGCCUUUCAGUUUUUUAGUCAAUAUGACAUUUUGUGGGGUCUUUGGCAUUCUUGUUUGGGUCAUCCAAAUAAUGAUCAUCUUUGCUCGGUAAAAAUACUGUUGGUCUUUCAUUUAUUGCACUAGUUGUGUUGAAGCAAAAACUGCAAGUGGUCUCUAGACGUGGGUAUCGCUAUUUUGCCUUUUUAUUGAACAUGCUACUCGUUGUACCUGGAUCUACUUUUAGCGUUUGAAAUCUGAGCUUCGUUCAAUUGCCAUUGAAUUUUUAAAAAUGAUUCAAACUCAGUUUGGUCGAACUGUGAAAAUCGUAUCAGAUCCCGAUGGUGAGUUCAGCUCUACUCCUUUGCAUGAUAUAAAUUGUUCCAUGGGUAUUUUGAGUUAGAUGUCAUGUCUUGGAGUUUCACAACAGAAUCUUCUCGUGGAACGCAAAAAUCGUCAUGUAGUCGAGCUUAUGCGUGCCCUCAUUCUUGACUCUCAUGUUCCUGGUAAUUUUUUGCCGGAGGUAGUGGCUACUGCACUUCGACUGAUCAACUAUCAAAUCACACAUGUUUUUCAUUUUGCAUCAUACCAGUCCCUACUUCGCUUUGUAUUCCAUACCUCCUGAUUAUUCGCGUCUUAGAGUCUUCGGUUGUUUGUGCUUUGUUCUUCUCCCGAAGCGUGAACGUACUAAGUUAUCGUCUAAGAAAGCUAGAUGUGUCUU